UCCCUUCCAUUAUAUUCCAUUUUUUUCACCAUUAAAACAAUCUCAUUCUAGUUUUGGUUUUGAAUUUGUGAGUAAUUUAAACAGUUUCGAUUUCCAUUCAAAUUUGUCUUCAAUGGCUACUGCUAUGGGAAUGAUGGGAAGUAUUGGGGGUUGUGGAGCAGCUUCUGCAUCUCUGUUUCGAUUGAGGAACUCAGCGAAGAAGAAGACCAGAAACGACAAAAAUGGAUUUAGGGUUUCAUGUGUUUAUUCAUCUUCUGCUGUUGCUGAUCCGUAUAAGACCUUGAAGAUUCAACCUGGUGCAUCUGAAUCUGAAGUUAGAAAGGCCUUUAGACAGCUUGCUCUUAAGUAUCACCCGGACGUAUGCAGAGGAAACAAUUGUGGUGUUCAAUUUCACCAAAUCAAUGAAGCUUACGAUGUUGUGAUGAGUAAUUUGAGAGGUGAAACAAGAGCAGAGUUAGAGAUGAUUGAGGAAUAUGAUGAUAGUAAUGAUGAAUCAAUGAGAGGAAUGUAUGAACCAGAUUGGGAUCUAUGGGAAGAGUGGAUGGGAUGGGAAGGUGCUGGCAUUCGUGAUUAUACAUCACAUGUUAAUCCUUACAUAUGAAUGUUAAUUAAUGAGUUAGGGAUUCGAAAACUCAAGAAUUUGAAGACCCAUCCAUCUUCUUUAAAUCAAAGAUGGUUUGAGGUUGAUGUACAUAUUCAAUAGGAUGUAGAGGAGGUUCUUUUUGUACAUAUUUGGAUACCCUCCUUGUUUGCUCUUUACCAAUUGUAUUCAUCUCUCGUUGAUAAAUAAAAAAUCAUAUUUCUUAUAA